UGGGGAUUACAAGGCAACAGCACCUAAAUCAUGCACAAGUGACAUCAGUUACAUCAAAACUGUCAAGUCCAAAACAAAGAGAUCUAACUCAUAUAAAGAUCAAUCUUCUCUAGAGGAUGCAAAUGAGGUUAAUACAAACAACACUGUUCCAGUGUUGAAUUUGAAAAAUGAAAAACAGUAUGCAGUAGAGGAGACACUUUCAAGAGGCAAAAAUUACACUAACCCUGUCAUAACUAUAAGAAUAACUUUAACAAAGACAACAUAUGACAUUCAACUAGAUGAUACAGAUAAUAUAGCUGUAAGUGUUAUUCACCAUGGAAGUUCCAAUCCAA